AUGACCAUUAAUCGACCGGCGAGCGAUGUUCGGCAACAUCCUGCAACGGUACCGGUAGUCUGCAGCGGCGACGACAGCGCUCGCAGCUCGUCACGGACCUUCUUCUCCGGUCGUCACUGCCGCCAGUCCCGGUCUCAAUCGGGCGACACCUUUCACCCCUCCCCCAGGCCGUUCGGUUUCCCAUCAAACCGGACGCCUUUUCCACCACCAACGCUGCUGCUGCUACAAUUGCUGCUAUUGCUUGUUGGCCCGGUUCGGUCGCAUCCUCGCAAUGAGAAGGAAAACUUUGUCAAGACCACGGACGUUGAAGCAAUCGAGGACCAUCAGGCAAUACUCUACUGUCCGCUUCUAGCGUCGAACCGAGACAAAAUCAAUAUGGUCCUGUGGUUUCGCGACAACGCUGGCAUUCCACUGUACAGCCUGGACGUACGAGGUAAAUCGCUCAAUGACGCCCAGCACUGGUCGGCCCCGCAGGUGUUCGGUCCUCGGGCACGAUACAUCAUCGAAAGUGACCCAGCAUAUCUGGAAUUGAACGAAAUUAAACGCCAUGACCAGGGAAUUUAUCGCUGCAGGGUUGAUUUCCAAAAUAGCCAAACACAAAGCUUUCGCUUCAAUCUCACCGUGAUUAUACCGCCAUCGCAGCCAGUGAUCCUGGACCGCUGGGGACGCGUCAUAAAUAGUACAAUAAUCGGACCAAAGGAGGAAGGAGAUGAUAUAAUGCUGACCUGCCGCGUGGUUGGAGGUAGGCCUCAGCCUGACGUGCUCUGGUUCAUCAACGAUAAUCUGGUGGAUAAUCAGAUUGAGCAGAACACCGGAAACAUUAUCGAAAAUCGCCUGCUGUGGACGUCCGUCCAGCGGCAUCAUCUUCAUUCGGUAUUCACUUGUCAGGCGUCGAACACAAAGCUAAUGCAGCCCCGGACGAGCAAGUUCGUGCUCGAUAUGUACCUAAAACCGUUGGCGGUGAAAAUUCUCAACUCGACCGAAUCGUUGGCCGCACACAAGGAGUACCAGAUCGUAUGCCAGUCGACCGGGGCGCGCCCGAAUGCGGUCAUCCAGUGGACGAAGGGCAAGAAGACACUGAAACGUAUCAAGGAGCACUCCGUGCGCAACACCACCGUCUCGGUGCUGACCUUCGUGCCGACGGUCGAGGAUGAUGGUCGGUUGCUCGGAUGUCGGGCGCAGAACCCGAAGGUGGUGGGACUUUUCCUCGAACACUUCCAAAAUAUCAGCGUGCACUAUCCUCCGGUAGUUAUCCUUCAUCUCGGCUCCACCCUAGCAAUGGACGACAUCAAGGAAGGCGACGACAUCUACUUCGAGUGCAAGAUACAAUCAAACCCGGCUUGGCGUAGACUAACCUGGCUGCACAAUGGAGUGCAACUACCUCAAAACUCGUCGUCGACGAAAAUCGUUCGCUCCAACCAGAGUCUGGUCAUACAGAAGGUGACACGAUACUCGAGCGGCUCGUACCAGUGCGGGGCACUCAACUCCGAGGGAGAAACGCUAAGCAACGAGAUCAUACUCAAUAUCAAAUAUGUUCCACUAUGUGCCACUGAUAAGAUCGUCAGCAUUGGCGUCUCGCUGGACGAAACAAUCACUGUCAGCUGCGACAUCAUCACGCAUCCCCUGGCAAGCAAAUUUUACUGGCGCUUCGAGAACUCGGAGGAAGUGCUGGAGAUUGAGCAGCAGCGGUUUUCCAACAAUGGCACGACGAGCCAGUUGCACUACACGCCGACCAGCGAGCAGGACUACGGGACACUGUCGUGCUGGGGCACGAACGAGAUCGGCACGAUGGCUGAACCGUGCAUUUUCCACCUGAUUGCUGCCGGUCUACCGACGUCGGUCAUCAACUGUUCGUGGCGCAAUUUCACCAAUGCAUUCGAGGUCUCCUGCCACCAAGGGUACGACGGUGGUCUCAAGCAAUCGUUUGUGCUGGAGAUGAUCUCCAGGAGAUACCCCGGUCACAGCAUAAACUUCACCAACGCCGAGGAACCCAUCUUUAGCGUCACUUCAUUCGAUCAGAUCCGCCAGCAACUCCCGACCGCCCGGCAGCCGGACUCGCUCAAGCUCUACGUCUACUCGGUCAAUCAGAAGGGUCACAGUCCACGGAUCUUCAUCGCCGAUCUGCUCAUACCGGCCGCAGCAGAAGAUCCCGCACCGAUGGGCGACCACAAGUCCACCCUCCUGACGCCCAUCCUCAUCGGUCUGUUCCUAACCAUUGUACUGAUCAUCAUCAUCAUCAUCGUUAGAAUUUAUCUGAAAUCUAAAAGACUUAAACAAAAUAUCAAUAAGGAGAAGCGGUACACGGAGGAGUCGAAAAAUACGCUCCUUUUGGUCGAUAUAUCCAAAAAGGACAAACCCACGAAAACCACCAAAUGGAUGAACAACGUCGGUAGCAGCAUCAAAACGAAAACGAAAAUAGAAACAAUCGACGACGAGCAGGAUCCCGAUCUGAUACCGUAUCCUCGCCUGACGGACAUUCACCAGGAGGAGCUGAUACCGAUGAACUCGACCGGUUCCUCAUUCACCAUCAAGCAGCAGCACCAUCACCAGCCUCAGCAGCAACAUAAACAGCAACAGCAGCAGCAAUCGGACAUCGAACAGGAAAAGGACAAAGAUCGGUUGUACCAGCAGCCGAAACCAAUCAUCCUACCAGGCACCAGCUACCGGGACGAGGAAAUCUCAGUGGCGGAAAUCAACCUAAAAGGAAUUGAGGACUUCCUAAUGACAAACCGGGUACCGGAAAGUUGUGUGUGAUAUCGAUCGAUCGGAAACCGUAGUAUUCGUAGCAUUUCGGGGGCCGCUUUUUGGACCCCCACGCUGAGGGAAAACUUGAGUCAACCGGGAGAGCGAGGAAACCGGUUCCGCUCGGUCUGGUUAUCCUUAUGUUGUCAUCAUGGGCUUUGUCUAGCUUGUUUCCAUUUUCCUCUCUCUUCCUUCUUUGGUGUGCGAUUGAUUUGAUUUAACCCAUACGAGGUUCAUCUGCCUCCCGUUUCAUAGUCCUCCUCCGAAUUUGCUUCCCUUGUUUAAGUUUCCUUCGCCAAGAAAACUUGUCGCCAAAGAACAACUUUCCAAGCGCACCGGAUGGAAAAGUUAUUUGCAUCCGAAAAGUAGAAGUAAAACUGAAUCAAAAAGGCUUCACCGACCGUUUGGUCAGGCUACUGGAAAUAAGCUCAAAGAGACGAAUGGUCAUGUCUCGACCAGCUAGCUAGUAUUGCCGAUGUUUUGCGUCCUUUUUGAAAAGGAUUUUCUCGAGUGGAAGAGAAACAUCGGAAAAAACAAGAGAGAAAAAGAUGGCUUAUACUGAUGGGAAAAGUACACCGUAAAACAACUGAACCUUACUAAAUCAACUUGGCAAUAGUAAAUGUAAAGUAAACUAAAAGUUAAGCAAAUAACUACAAACUGUUAGUUGGUAAAAUGGCGCGAUAAAGCCAAAACUAGGACAAUUGGCGCCCGUUCCCGGAUGGCGCGCUAUUGUUGUUCAUGUUGCGAGAUUACGCUACGAAAGAGAGAGACAGAGAGAGAGAGAAGUAUUCAUACAAUGCUACAAUAAAUCAACGAUGGAAAAUAUGGAAGCAAACUAAAACUGCUCUACUCAAUAUGGAAGUGUACCUAACUAGGAUUGAACGAUAUAAUUGAACGAAAAAAAAAAACAAACGUGUAUUAUUGUACUACUGCUCCUGCAAAAGAUAAAAGAAUUAAUAUUAAACAUUAUUAUGUUUAUUACUUUUAUUAAGUAUAUUAUAUCGAUUUGUGUAAUUAUGAAAAAGCAAAUGAAAUU